AGCCAUUUCCAUAGAAGCAUAACAUCAAUCAAUUAAUUAUCUGUGCGCAUAUUUUCAGCGUGUAUAUUCUGGACGCCGUUUCACACAUAUCCUACGGUUAGGUUCAGCGUAACAAUAUUUAGGAGAGAUUGAUCCUGGCCCAUGAGCUUCAUUACAUCUAAAAUAUUAACCUUAUACUGAUAUUACGGCUUUUCUAUCUCCAUUUCAAACGGAAUGUGAUUUAGGUCUGCACGUCUGCAGAACAAUAUAGAUUUCAAGCAGGAUAGAGCGACCCAUCCGGCCAGCAGUUCCGGCGACCAUCGCAUUCGUUUUGUGGUAACAGUAACGGGUCCAACGGCUUUUUUCUAGAGACACGUCGCGUCAUUUUUACCAGGUCACAAAAGCUUGAUCAGUUUUCGUAGCUGGCCUGAAGUAGAACUUAAAUAACUCUUUGACAAGUGUGUCAACAAUCAACAACUCAAAUUAAAAAUGGCAGCAACAGCAAGGCAUGACAGAGAAAUGCAGCAAAAAGCAAAAAAGAAUUUGGGCAAGAAAGAUUUGGAUCCGAUUGAGAAGUUGAGAUGCCAGUGUCUUGCAAGGGGUUCUAAAGGCAUUCUUGGACUUGGAAGAGUAUUCAAGAUCAUGGAUGACGAUGGUAAUAAAAAUCUCAGCUUUUCAGAGUUUAAGAAAGGGUUGAACGACUAUGGUGUCCCUCUAGAACUUCCGGAUGUCAAGAAGAUGUUCGCAGCUUUUGAUAGCGAUAACAGUGGCACCAUAGAUUUUGAUGAGUUCUUGAUUAAACUUAGGCCUCCGAUGUCACAAGCGAGGAAGGGUGUCAUUCACGAGGCCUUCCACAAGCUGGACAAGACCGGAGACAACGUCGUAACGGCAGAAGAUCUUAAGGGGGUCUACAACGUCAAGAAGCACCCCAAGUACCUCAGUGGGGAGUUGACAGAAGAUCAAAUCUUUAGGACGUUCCUUGAUACGUUUGACACACCAGGACAGAAAGACGGAAAGAUCACGCAAGAAGAGUUUCUGAACUACUACUGCGGGGUGAGCGCUUCGAUCGACAAUGACCCCUACUUCCUCCUCAUGAUGAAGACCGCCUGGAAGUUAUGAUUCCGCCCUCUACAGGCAGUUUUUGAGUAGCUUUUGAAAUAUCGCGGCUAUCGCCAGAAUGUGGGUCAACGACGGGUGGGUCAAAAUUGAUGCAGAGCUUAGAACAGGGCUUUGCCCCGAAAGCAAAGUUUUAAUCAAUGUAUUGUGCUUCUGCUGUUAGAUAUUUUUGUAAGAUAAUGAUUCAUUUUCUCUAUGUGUUUUAAUAGCAGUUGGUUUAUUUUUUAAAUACCAGUAGAUUUGAGAGUCACAUUAAUCUGAAA